GAGAUGGGAGUUUACAACUGGCCCAUAUGGGAAUGCGAAGCGUCCAAUUUUCCGUGGACGUACGACUCAAAUGAGACGUGCUACAUCCUUGAAGGGCAGGUCACCGUGACGACGGACACAGGGGAGAGUGUGGACAUCAAGCCCGGAGAUUUGGUGACGUUUCCAAAGGGGAUGAGCUGCACUUGGGACGUCCAGAAGGCGAUACGGAAGCACUACACAUUCUUCUGA